AGUCAUUUGCGGUCGCUGUCUUCCUACAGAGGAGAAAGAUCCCGUUGGUCUUCUGACACCGGUUCCGUUUUUCAUUAAAGCGACAAAAAAACACCGCAAACAUGAGCAGGAAAUUCUUCGUUGGCGGAAACUGGAAAAUGAACGGUGACAAGAAAAGCCUAGGGGAGCUAAUCCAAACCCUGAACGCGGGGAAAGUGGACCCCAAUGUUGAGGUGGUGUGUGGUGCUCCAUCCAUCUACCUGGACUUUGUUAGGUCCAAGCUUGACCCCAAAUUUGGCGUAGCAGCUCAGAACUGCUACAAAGUUCCCAAGGGUGCCUUCACUGGGGAGAUCAGCCCUGCGAUGAUCAAGGACUGCGGCGUGAACUGGGUGAUCCUCGGACACUCCGAGAGGCGGCACGUCUUCGGAGAGAGCGACGAGCUGAUUGGUCAGAAGACCGCUCAUGCUCUAGAGAGCGGUCUCGGCGUGAUCGCCUGCAUUGGCGAGAAGCUGGACGAGAGGGAGGGAGGCAUCACGGAGAAGGUGGUGUUUAGCCAGACCAAAUUUAUCGCAGACAAUGUAAAGGACUGGAGCAAAGUUGUCCUUGCUUAUGAGCCCGUGUGGGCCAUUGGCACCGGCAAAACUGCCUCCCCACAACAGGCUCAGGAGGUUCAUGAGAAACUGAGGGAGUGGCUGAAGAGCAAUGUGUCUGAGGCUGUGGCCAACUCUGUGAGGAUCAUCUAUGGAGGUUCGGUGACCGGCGGAACCUGCAAAGAACUCGCCUCCCAGAAAGAUGUUGACGGUUUUCUUGUGGGUGGAGCUUCCCUUAAACCAGAAUUCAUUGAGAUCAUCAACGCCAAGGCAUAAAAACGUUAGAUGUUCUUAAAGAUGACCAGAUCAGAGGCCAACUUCGCUCUGAUCAGCCGGCUCCAUCACCCCUCUCUCCUGGCACUUGGUGCUCUGCCCUCGCUCUUUUCAAAGUAUUUGUGUAACGGUGUCAUUCCCUUCAUUUUCUCCCCUUUUUCUUUUAGUAAAUUUUUUUUUUCAAGAAGAAAAGGGAUGGUUUGGCACUUGCACUGCACUGUACUACACUGAUGAGUCCACUGAGAACCGCCUUUGUGCGUACUAACCUUCUAAGUGCUCAAACUGUGGACGGACAGUCCAAGCCUUUACUUGAAAAGUUUACGAACUUUCUAUUUUUUUUUCAUAACUGUCACAGCUGUAGUUGAAUGUGUCUUUUUAUUGGUGUCUUUGUGCGAUUCUUGUAAUCAGUGGCUUUUACUUCUCCUUAGGUUUGCAUGAUUCCCAAUUUAUUUUUAUGAAAUGUUUUGCAGCGAAGGACGUGUCCAUUAAAUGUUAACUGUACUGUCACGGCUGAUGGGUGUAAGACAAGAACGGCUGUAAGGAAACAGAAUAAACACUUUAGUAUCUAUUUGAA